UUUCUGCCGUUUUUGUCACAGAGACUCUACUUAUUUCGCUCAACCAUGAGCGAUUUCAUCUACUAGAUACAGUUGGGCAUCUCCCUCCCACUUGCUUGUGAAGAUAGCGGCGCAACCUGAGUCGGUCCCACUCAUUUUUCCCACUCUUUUCUUUCUUCGAGAAUUUACACAAUCAGCUGUUCUUCUAGAGAGCCAGACUAGUCGUGCUUUGCAGUUCAAUAAAUAAAUAUCACUUAUCUGCGUUUUGCGUGGUGCUUGAAAAUUUCCACAAAAAGAGCAACAAUUCUGUGAAUAAGCUUUUCGUGUUUUUCACGUUUCUUUUUUCCAAUUCGUCUGUGACAAAGCAGUAAUUAAUUGGUGAUUGUGGUGUUGUUGGACGAGAAACUUUACGUAAACUUUACAAGUGGUGUGAUAUAUAAUUUUCUUUGGACUGAGAGAAAAAAAGACGAAGAAGCGGACAGACUUUUCCUCGCGAGUGUUUACACAUUGCGUCGUGCGUAUGAUAGUUGGCUAGCGGUUUAGCUAUGAGUCUUAAGAAAACUAGUCGAAUGAAAAGCCUCUCGCUGAAUGAUGAUUUUCCAAUACCAAUCUCCACUUCGCAUUUGGGAUCUGGAACACUAUCGUCAAGGUCAAGGCAUUCAGCUUCAAACAAGAGAGUCGAAGAAAUAAAUAAGAUCGCGCGGUAUAUAGAUGACAACGUCAUUGGCAAAGGAGCUGCAUUUCUUGGUCCAUAUGGCAGGCGUAAAGUGGUGUACGCGAAUUACACGUCUUCUGGCAAGUCCUUGCAAUUUUUCGAAGACUACGUCAACAAAGAGGCACUCUCGAUGCUUGGUGAUAUUAAUUGCACAUCCACUGUGACCGGAUUACAAUCGAAAUUGUACAACAAUGAAGCGAGAGAUCUUAUAAAGUCCGCCGUAAAUGCAUCGACUGAUGAUGAAGUGAUUCUCUGCGAUGGGGCGCACUCUAGUCCCGUCGAAGUUGUUCUCACUCUACUUAACAAUAGAAUCAACUUGUACAAUGAAAGUGAAAAAGUUCUCACGGAGUGCAUCAACAAAUCUCUUUCGUCGCCAGCCGCAGAGCAAGUAACGCUCUUUGUCAGCACUUGUGAGCCUGCGACGAGUCUGGAGCCGUGGAUUGACUCAGGAGCUCAGAUUGUGAAGGUUUCGAAGAAUCGCGAGGGAUUCCUGGACCUCGUGGAUCUGGAGAAGAAGUUGUCCAGCCAUGUGAACAGCCAGCGGCAGCUUGUGGGAUUUUUUUCGGCCGCCUCGCGCCUCACGGGCAUUCUCACGGACGAUGUGGCCACGACAAUACUUCUCCAUCAGUACGGAGCCCUCGCGAUGUGGGACUACAGCAUGGUGGCACCCUAUUCAGAAGUGAACAUGAAUCCUCAGCUACCUGGAGCCGCCAAGGAUGUCAUUUAUUUCAACGUGAACAAAUUCAUUGGCGGAGUUCAGGCACCGGGGAUUGCAGUGAUAAAGCGGUGCUUAUUGACAAAUUCAAAUAUGCCAUACAAUAGUCUGGGUGUAAUUGGAGCUAUUCGAGCCGGGCUGGCUAUUCAACUCAAGGAAUCCCUCGGCAUACAAUCAAUUAUGACCAGACAGGAGAAAAUAUGCAAGCAAAUCUUAUCGCACAUUCGCACAAUUCCGGAGAUUAUACUGCUUGGACCGCCGGGGAUGACUCCCAAGCGACUUCCGACCAUUUGCUUCCUCGUGAAACACCCCCGGGGCGCAUUUCUCCAUCAUCGAUUCAUCGUGGCCGUGCUCAAUGACGUGUUUGGCAUUCAAGCCACAGCUGAGAGUCACAUUGGCAGGGAAAUUGGUAUCUCCGAUAAGUUCUCCAUAGAGUAUGAGCGCAUCUUGACAGAGGAUGACAAUGAGAAACUGCGCCCUGGAUAUACUCGCAUCUCCCUCACGUACUUCAUGUCGGAGCAGGAGACUGGAUUUAUUCUAGAGGCACUAAAGAUGGUGGCCACGGAGGCGUGGAAGCUGCUGCCACAGUAUGAGUGUGAUCCGGAGACGGGAGAGUGGAGACACCACUCGAAUUCGCUGGCCAAGGAGAGAAAAUGGCUCGGGGCGAUACGCUAUACCGACGGUCGGAUGCUCUUCUCUGACCGUCGAAUCUCGGGGCCGGGCACUUUUCCGCAAAACUACCCGGAUUGCCUGCACACGGCCAGAUGCAUCUUCAACAGAGCGCGCAAGAUGGCCCAGAAGGCCUCGAAGUCGGAGAAGCUGGUGGUGAGGCUGCGAGACAGCAUUGAACCUCUGCGAUGGUACAUGCUGCCUGGCGAAGCCCACGAGCUGCUGCUGGGGAAUUCACAGAAUGUGAAGAACAUCGUGCCAUUCGAUCCCAACAACAUUUCAGAAGCGCCCGCCCUGCUAUUUAUCCAUCGUCAUAAUAGUCUGUCAGCACUGGAUAUAAAAAGUCUGAGAAAUCGAAGUCUUCCAAUAUCACCACUUCAGAUACCUCUGCAGCGUCAUCAAUCUUCACCGUAUCCAGUAAAUCCGACGAAUGAUGGCAAAACCCCAGAAUGUGUGUCUCCACCCAUGGUGCGCUUCUCCCUUGGCGGAGAGGUAACGACAAUAGGAAAUUUCGGAUCACAGAGGAUAACGAAUAUAAUAGCAAAUGAGGGUGGCACUCCUUCCAGAAAUAGUAGAUGUAAUAGUUGGGGAUCUGUGCCUGCCUUGAGCCCGCAGACGCGCAUUCAUUUGGGCCUCGCGCCCGACCAGCAGCAGGCAAAUGGAGCCAAGAGACGUCAGCGUGUCUGCUCUUGCAGUAGUCAAACAGAUUUAUUUAACACAGCUUCAUCAUCAGAGAAUGCAUCACCCACACCUAGUCUUCAGAACUUGUCGCAGAGUGGAAGCUUUAAUGAAUGUACUGAAGAAAUCCAGGCAUAUGUCAAGGAGGUGACCGAAGAGCUGGCGACAGAAAUCAAAUCAGAGAUUCGAGAGGUGAUUUCCAAGGUGGAGGACGUCCUGGAGAGUUCGGAAUCUGUGGACAUGAACUCCCUGAGCGUGUCCAUGUACAAUUCGAGCUCAGAACACACUAAGAGCGAUUCGGUGUCUGUGUCCGAUGUCACGGAGUAUCUUAAGGAAUUCUCCAAGGAGAUGGCCAGUGAGGUGAAGUCGGAGAUUAGGGAAGCGUACAACACUGUGAUGGAGGAGCACACUGAUUCUGGUGUGACGAUGCGCAAGAAAGGCUCUCAAGAAGGCGUCCACGGCAAAGCGAGCGACGCCUCGAGUGGUGGUGAUAAUCAAUUCUGCACAGAUUGCUUCAAGAAGCGAUCCGAGUCAUUCCCACGGCCGAAUUCGGCGAUUGGGUGGCAUCAGCCGACUGCUUCGAGUCCUGAGACCUCAACGCCCAGUUGUCCCUACACGGGAACGAUUUCCAAGCUCAUUGAUCCCACUAACACCGCGUCUCAUGACUCUGGCAUCAACAUGUGCUUCACCGAAGCUGAGGAGAUCCGCGUGAGACACAGUCAUCCAUCAACAGGCCUCAGGACUAAUUCCGUGCCAGCAAAUGUGCCUGAGAAGACGGAAUUCAAAUUCAUGGAAAAUCCUCCGGGAACAUUUGGCAGGAAAUUAAGAAAUUUGGACAUAAAGCUUCCAGCAAAUGUCUCCACCACAAAUUCUGACUAUGAAAAGUGUGCCAAGAGACCCAAUGGCCAUCACAAGUGUGACAACAAGUGGCAUCAUGUGCCAAAGGAGAUUUGGACUUCAGCAGCUGAGGCUCUUGAGGACUUUAGUAUGCUAAAGGCUGGAGACCAGGUUUUAGUGGGAGUCUCUGGAAGUAGUGCUUCGCUGUGUCUUCUUCAUAUUCUUCAUCAAUUCUCUGAGAUUCGAAAUCUCAAGCUGACCAUUGCAGCUUGUACUCUCGGUAGCUCAGAAAUUGAUCCUCGCGUCUUGAUGUUGUAUCUGAGAGACUUGGGCAUAAACUACAUCUACGACCAGAAAGAAGCCAGUGAUAUCCCUUCAAAACUCUGCAGUACAGCUCAGAAGUGCAAGUACAACGUGAUCGCCCUGGCCAGCACGUUAGAUAAUCUGGCUGAGGAAUUCCUCGUGUCGCUUCUGACGAAAGGGCAGCUAAACACCUUUGAGAUGCGCCCUUGCUCUGGUGAUAAUGCUGUCAGAGUCAUCCAACCUCUCAUUUACGUUCGUGAACGGUUUCUGGAGGAUUUUGCCACCCAAUGCAGUCUUCCCAUUCGCUCUUCUCCGCGGCCACUGAAUGCUUCGAACAGUAUCCUAAAAGUUCAAGAGCUUAUCAAUCCUAGCGUCUAUGAUAACAUCAAGUCUGCUAUCAGGCCAAUUCUCUUAUCAAGGACGGAGUGCUCCCGGAGUGUGCUGGAUCAAAGUUCCAACUUCACGUGAACGAUAAAGAAAGUCAUUCUCUUUCGCUCCCUCUCUAAAUUAUUGCCCUAGCUUGAUUUUAAGUC